CCGUCCGUGCUAAAAGAAGAAGGUCUUCAUUCACGCUUCCUGUUAGCCGUAACGGACAUGAAAGAGGAUUAUACCAACAUAUUUACUUUAUUAGUUUAAUUUAACACGUCAGAUCUAAUCGUUUCUAGUCUUAUUCUGGUACUGCCUUCAGCUAUGGCCCACCUUACGGAGAACCCCGCCGAUAAAGAGAGGUUCAUCUGCGUCUACCCCGUCUACAUCAACAGUAAGAAGACGCUGGCUGAAGGACGCAGGAUCCCCUCGCAGAAGGCAGUGGAGAAUCCGUCCUGCGCAGAGAUCAGAGACGUUCUCACGGCUGCAGGGAUGAACGUGUACGUGGAGAGCAAGAUGCACCCCAGGGAGUGGAACAGGGACGUCCAGUUCAGAGGUCGGGUCAGAGUUCAGCUGAAGCAGGCCGACGGCAGCCUGUGUCAGGACAAGUUCUCCUCCCGUAAAGACGUGAUGGUCUACGUGGCCGAGAUGAUUCCCAAACUGAAGACUCGAACCCAGAAGAGCGGAGGAGGCGACCCCAGCUCCCAGCAGGGAGAGGGAGGGAAGAAGAGCAAGAAGAAGAAGAAAUAAACUCGUCCAGAGGAUCUCUGUAUCCAUCGUUGAGAUGAGUUGGACUGAAUCAGAUCCUGAAGGUUUCCUCCAGGAUCCAUCCUCCUGAUCAGCUGCAGAUUUCCUGAAUAAAAGCAUCUUCGUUAAAACGUCUGAGUUCUGCAAUCAGACGUAAAAAGUGUUGACGAUAAAAGAAGGUUAAAGUUUCUGUUUGUAAAGAUGAACAAUAAAUGGUUUGAUGAAAUAUGAUCAGCAGCAGGAUG